CUCACAACACCGCGUCUCUACCAACGUCAUCAUCAACAUCGUCAAUUUUUGACGCGUUUAUCAACAACCCACUUCAUCACACUCUCACCCCACCCUCAAAAUGACUGGACGCGGCAAGGGCGGCAAGGGUCUCGGCAAGGGCGGCGCCAAGCGUCACCGCAAGAUUCUUCGUGACAACAUUCAGGGUAUCACCAAGCCCGCUAUCCGUCGUCUCGCGCGUCGUGGCGGUGUCAAGCGUAUUUCUGCCAUGAUCUACGAGGAGACCCGUGGUGUUCUGAAGUCCUUCCUUGAGGGUGUCAUCCGUGAUGCCGUCACCUACACUGAGCACGCCAAGCGCAAGACCGUCACGUCUCUCGACGUUGUCUACGCUCUCAAGCGCCAGGGCCGCACUCUCUACGGUUUCGGUGGUUAAGCAGCUUUCCCUCGGAAUGCUGUUGCCUUUUCUGCACCCACAUACGAUACCCUCUGCUCGCGUUCUUCUCGUCGCGUCUGCCUGGUCUCUGGUGAUCGGGUGGCUCGGCUCGGACUCGGCGUGACGUGUAGAUUGGUUCUUUUGGUCUUGUAUCCCACACAUGUCGGUAUGGCCCGGCGGGAUUUGGUUCUAUAUGGCGUUGGCGGAUCAUGAAACUCGGGGAUACGAUAGCAGGAGGCGUCAGGAUGAUGCCCUCCGUAUGAAUACCACUAUUACCACAUUUGGUAACCUAAU